AAACCGAUCGGCGCUGCUUGUGUCGUGUCCAAGUAUCGAGGCGAACGAGCACGUAGCGGCGGCAUCAAGCCGAAGGCAUAUCCGCGAGACGAAAGACUAUUAGACAUGUAGCUUGCAAAAAUCGAUCAGGCUCGUCUCGCGUGGCUCUUUAGCAUAGAGAAUCAGUUCGAUUUAGUGACGCUGUGACAAACGAGCCCCAUUCGUUUCAUGACUUCCUCACUCGGUCAUACGUUAGAAGAAGAUGACAGUAUUAGAAACAGAGGAAGACGCAGAUAAACGCUCGGUUCCUCCUAGAAAGAAGUUCUGCCUGUCCCUGUCGGGUCGCGGACGUGUGAUUACCACCAUCAUCCCGCAGCCCCCUCAUUCAUCUGCAAGAGGGGGCCUCCUGGAUACAUCAGACUUUGCAUUCAGUACGAGCAAGAUGUUGAAUGGCUACCGCAAUCAGUUGAGCAAUCAUCAGGAUGGAAAUUAUGACAUGUCUGGUAGUGGCAAUGCAGAAGGCUUGAAGAUAGCCACUCUAUGCAAUCUAGGGAAUACUUGCUUCCUCAAUAGUGUAUUAUAUACUUUAAGAUUUGCACCUUCUUUUCUGCAUAAUUUGCAUCAUCUUGCUACUGAUUUAUCCAACUUAAAUGACAAACAACUUCAAACAAAAGCCAAAUCCUCUUCAUUAGGUAGAACUGGUGUAUCAUUGUCAUCAAGCAGCAGUCGUAGCUGGAGCAAUAAAGACCUAUUAGCAUUAGCUGGACCAACAGGGGAAGCUACUAAGCCUCGCAUUCAGAUAGCCACUGAAAAGUUGCACGAGCUCUUUAUGGCACUUCGCGCCUCAGAGGCGCGAGAAAAUAGUGAACCUUAUCAGCCAGAUGCCUUUUUGCAAGCUCUUAGAGAAGUAAAUCCGAUAUUCGAGGGAAACCAACAGCAAGACGCUCACGAGCUCCUGGUCUGCUUGCUCGACAACAUCAGAGAGACCUUCCAGUUAUUGGUCCGACAUAGAGAGAGCCAAUUCGGUCAGAGCAACGGCGGCAUUUCUGACUUCUCCAUUCAGACGGACCAGUCAACUGACGUACAAUCGGAAAGCAGCGGUUCCGGCAAGAGAAGCAUUCGUAAGUCGAGAAAGAAGAAGAAGAUCACGACCAGGGGAAGCUCGGUGUCUCUCACGCAGUCUAACAUGAACGGCAUCGCGACGUCCGCGGUGAGACCGUACGAAAACGGCCACUUGGAAUUCGCUGAGAGUAACGGGGAGAUUGGCACGCGCAAGUUGGAGAGCAAAAGGUGUUUCAUCUCAGAGGAUUUCGAGGGGGUCAGUUUACUGCGGACAACGUGUCUCGAGUGCGAAUACGUCACAGAACGCAAGGAAACGUUUUGUGAUAUAUGCGUGCCUAUCGAUAUUGACCGUUCGAAUGAGAAAGAUGACGACGGCCGCUCGGUAGAUAGCAGCGAAGUGUACAAACGUGCUGUAGUGACUAGUGAGCUUCUUUGGGGUAGAGACAAGUAUUGGUGCGCACGUUGCCUACGAUAUAACGAGGCUCGUAGAGCUGUGUGUUUUCCUUCCUUACCGAGACUCCUUAUUUUACAGUUGAAGAGAUUCUCUACUGCCGCUGGUUCGAUGGAGAAGAUCAAUAAUCACAUGCCGACGCCACUCACUUUACAAUGCUUCUGCGAAGAGUGCAGCAACGAUCAGACGCGUGGACCAACAACCGGCGGCGGCGGCGCGGAGUCUACGCGACACGUGUACAAAUUAUAUUCGGUCAUAAUGCAUCAGGGCGCGACAAUGACCGCCGGUCACUACGUCGCUUAUGCGCGUCUACCAGACGAGUCGGCAUAUGCGGAGUACUACCAGUGUGAUCGCGACAACAAACGGCCGAACCCGGGCCAAAGCGGCACCACGAGCACGAACUCGUCGUCUUCCACGUCCGACAAGUCGUCGUCGAGUAUAUUCAGGCUUUUUAGGUGUAAGCCUAGCGCGAGCGAGAACAAGGAGCAAGUAGUGAAAGUCGGAUGUCGCAGUAUGGACUGUUGCGGCAUUAGACGCAACAAACAGAAUGUUAUCUGGCUGGAAUGCGACGACGAGGCGGUACACGUAAUCCCGCUGCGCGAGCUCGAGGACAAAUUGGCGCCCAAUCCGCGCAACUCCGCCACUCCCUAUCUCUUGUUCUACGUGAGGUCGACAACAUAAGAAGCCGGCUGACUUCCCGUCGCCGGUCAUCUACCUGUCGAGAAAGUGUGUAUCAAAAAUGCUCUUUGCCGCCCCCUUCGAGAUUACAAGUGAAGCGAUAUAACUAUAAAACGGGCCUCGUUCUUCUCCAUUCACCCUCUGCCCCGUCGUCGCAUUCUCGCUCUCUUCUCGUCCUCCUGCUCCUCAACGACUCUGCUGUGAUGUACUACACAUUCCAGAUCUGUUUUUUCUUCCUGUGUACGAACGUGCCGCAUUGGGCGAUUUAGAUGUGCGAGAGCGUGAGCAUAAUUUCAUAGAAAUUAAAACUCCUUAUCGCAAACAGCGUAUGUUAUACAUUAGAUUCCCGACGAUUGCAUAGAUGUACACCACUGUCGGACAAUUUCAGGAGCACUGAUCUAAAUUUUAUUCGUUUUACAUGGCGGAACCAAGAAUUCUGAAUUGAUUCCUUCUCUGCGAAUAAUUCAUUCUUGCAGUAGAUUCUUUCAUCUAGAUGUAGUAACUUAGGUCAAACGCUUUAGUUCUUUUAGGCGCAACGAAAGGUUAAUGAGACACUUGAGAAAUUAGAGUUUUGAGAAAUCUAAAUGUAUACCUUAACGCCAGACGUAAUUGGCCUAAGAAUGAAUUGUGUAAAGCUAAGGCUGGUUACAUAACUGAAAUUGGAAACAAAAUUCAAUUAUAUUCUGUGAUGUUCUAUUGCCAAAUAUAUUAGUAUGUUAUUGGUUCUUCUUAUUGAGUGAUAUUUUGGCAUGUGAGAGUAAAUUUUAGUGUAUAUAAUUUAUGUAUAUAUAUAUAUAUCUCUUUAAUAUUCUAAAUUAUACCAUGUACAUUAACAUUAAUAUUGAUUUACAUUAAAGUUUAAGCAUCAAAAUUUCAUUAAGAAGGAAGACCACUAUAAAGGUAAAAAAAAUUGAAUUUUCUUGCAAUUUAAAAAAAACGUGGUCUGUAGUGCUCUUUCUUCUUAAGAAGAACAGGAAUAAGGAUCGACUAAGCGGUGGAAAGGAGAACGAAAACAGGUUCGAAAACUGAAUGAAAAAAAAAAAA